GUGCCCAAUGUGAACUGAACCGAGUCAUACGGAUGUGUAUAACUGCAGAUUGUAUUUACCUUAAUUAUAUAUAACUCAAAUAAAACGGAGGGAUUUUCUACAUCACGUCCAAAAAUAGGAGGAUCAUAACCUCCUAAAAUGUCCGACGACGAGGAUUUGGUCUACGUUAAAAAGCAGAAAACUGUCCAUUAUGGUUCAUUGGAGGAGGCAGAACGGGCACGACUUGCAGCUGUCGUCGAAACUGCGGAUGAAGAAAAAGAUGUCACAAAUGCAAAUGAUGUCAGCAGCAAUGUUUCUGCUUCAGCAGGAAAUGUACAUAUUUCGAAUGAGUACAUGGAGCUCGAGGACGAAAUGUCCAAAGAUCGGCAGGCAUUAUUGGAAGAAUUUGAACGUAGAAAAAAGGCUAGACAAAUUAAUGUUUCUACAGAUGAUUCCGAAGUAAAGAAACACUUAAGACAAUUGGGUGAACCCAUUUGUCUCUUUGGAGAAGGCCCAGCAGAUAGAAGGACAAGAUUAAGAGAAUUAUUAGCUAGCGUGGGAGAGGAUGCUAUUAAAAAGAAACACGAAGAAGAAGAAAAACCAUCUCAUCCAAUCGAAAAGGAUACAGAAUCAACUUGGUAUCACGAGGGACCAGAUUCUUUGCAAAUUGCACGAUCGUGGAUAGCAGCUUAUUCGUUGCCCAGAGCAAAGGCACGACUGGAUAAGGCAAGGCAAGAUUUAUUAUUACCAGCUGCAACUCGCACAGCCAAAAGACAAGAACUUUUGAAAAAGUUGCAAGCAUUGAGCAUUUAUUGCUCUCAAAUCGGUGAUAGGAGGCCUAUUUCCUUUUGUCAGUUUAGCCCUAAUUCAAAAAUCCUUGCUACAGCUUCAUGGUCAGGCUUAUGCAAGUUAUGGUCUGUACCUGACUGUACUUUGUUACGUACUUUACAUGGACACAAUUGUAAUGUUGGCUGUAUUGUUUUUCACCCAAAAGCUACAAUAACCGAAGAUGUGGUCGGUGAUAAUGCAGAAACAACUUGCGUGCUGGCAUCGUGUGCAGCAGACGGUACUGUGAAACUGUGGGGUGGUGGCACUGGCGAAGAACCAUUAGCAGAGGUGGAAGGACAUGAACCUCACAGAGUUUCCAGGAUAGCUUUCCAUCCAUCCGGACGAUUUCUUGGUACAUGUUGUUACGACGCAUCUUGGCGAUUAUGGGAUUUGGAACAACAAGCGGAAGUACUUCACCAAGAAGGUCAUGCUAGAGCAGUAUACUGUAUUAGUUUUCAAUGUGAUGGAAGCGUUUGCGCCACAGGCGGUCAUGACUCUUUUGGCAGAGUAUGGGAUUUGCGUACCGGCAGAUGUAUAAUGUUUAUGGAGGGUCAUCUAACAUCCCUCUUUGGCAUCGAUUUCUCACCAAAUGGUUUUCAUAUAGCGACAGCGAGCGAGGAUAAUACCUGCAAGAUAUGGGAUUUGCGAAAGCGAACUUGUAUAUACACGAUACCAGCACAUACCAAUUUGCUGUCCGACGUGAAGUACCAAAAAAUAGAAGGACAAUAUUUGGUUACUGCAUCUUAUGAUAACACAGCCAAAAUUUGGUCCAACAAAACAUGGCAGCCUCUUAAGAUGUUACCAGGUCACGAUGGAAAAGUCAUGUCCGUUGAUGUAUCGCCCGAUCAUAAGUUUAUUGCAACCAGUUCGUACGAUAGAACUUUUAAAUUAUGGGCCCCAGAAUAAAAUAUGUGAGAAAGUAUUUCUUCUCAACAGUUAUUUUAGAAAUACUAUAAAAAUUCUUCUUGGUAUUUCUUUAAUAAAAAUG